AUGGCCCGCCCGCUCGGCCUCGUGCGGCUGCGUUGGAUCGUCAUCUUGCUGGCAGUGGGUGUCAUUUUCGUGCUGUCCGAUGUGCUCUUCACGUGGCGGCAGCUGACCACGUCAGUAUGGUCCGCUGCCACCUGCCGAUCUAUUGCGCAAACUAAAGCAGCAGCCUCAGUACCUCCAUUGACACUGUUAGAGGACGAGAAGGACAAUACACUGAGGGUGGAGACAGAACAGCUGAAAGCCCAAGAGGUGGAGGCCACAAAGGAGGAGAACCGCAUCAUAACGCUCGAGUCGCAACUGCUCCAUUCAUUGCGCAAGAUCACGCAGAAGACGAUGCUGCCACGUGGCAUUGUGUUGCCCUUGUACGACGAUCUGGUGCCACUAGGACUGUCCUUAAUCAUGGAGCUGCGGUCUCUAGGAGUCACGUUACCCGUGGAGAUCCCGCACUGCGGAGACUUAAACCCGAAGCUUAUAACAACGAUAUCGAACAAGAGCAAGCACUUGGGACAGAUGUACGUGUACAACGCGUGCGAAGUAGCAGCCAAAGAGAAGAGUUUACUUGACGCCAGUAAGCCGAUCUUCUGCAAAGAUCUGGACGAGUGCCACCACAAGUUCCGCUCGGGUGACAUCAAGAUCCUGGGGCUAAUUUACUCUCGUUUCGACGAGUUGAUGCUCGUGGAUGCCGAUGCGUUGAUGAUGCAGAGCCCCACGUCGCUCUGGGAGACGGAAAAGUACCAGAAAACUGGCACCUUGUUCUUCAACGACAGGAUCAGCCAGACCAACACGUCGUUGGGGUUCCGUCCAGCGUCACGACUGCACUCCAAUGACCUCCGCCACUAUCUGUCUAGUGCUGACGUGAGUAUCUUCCGGCAGCUACCGACCAUUCAACGUGAGAAGGCGACGACAGCGAGCGACGUGGCGUUGCUCUUCGAGCCGAGUGAUAUUCUACUAAACAGCCACGCGUGGAAUGGCCGUAGUGGCCACCAGAUGGACUCGUCGCUGUUGCUCUGGAGUAAGAAGCGACAGUCUCGUGCGACGGCUGUGUUGGCCUCGUUCGUCUCGCUUAAUGACGUGGGUCGCCCUCCUUCAGACGGAGAGAAGGAGCUCUUCUUUUUGGCCUGUGAACUCGCAGAGACGCAGUUUUCUUUCUCGGACUUUGGUGUGGGAGCUGCAGGCAGUGACUUUAAGGAUCAUGGAGAGGGCAAGUCGAUUAUUUGCGGUCAGCCGGCGCAAUUUUAUCCUGUCAAGCCGCAGGACGAGGGCAAUGUAGGUCUGCUCUAUCUGAACUCAGACGCGAUCAUGGAAUACAAACCCAAGACGCAGCCUGUGUACUACUCCAAGGCUCGAACUGCAGACGUCUAUCCUGGCUCAUUCAGCGACUGGGAGUUGCCACAAGAUUGUCCUUUUGACGUCACCGGCGUGCCGUUCUCCGACCUGCAAGUACAGCGUAUUUUACUGCGUCAACGACUGCAUGACAUUGCCGUGGAAUGGGAACGCAAUGCGUUGAUGAGCGAGAACGAGAGUGAACAGACACAAGCCGACGCUGUUGUUAAUACUAAGCUAGAUGCACUCUUGAAGCAGCUAGCUGAUGACACGCCAUUCGAAGAGAUCGCUGCCCCAGCCUCAGCUGAACCUGCUGCUGUUGCUCCUGCGUCGACGACGCCGACACCUCAAGCUCUUCAACAGGCGAACAAGUGGGCGGACUUUAUGAAAACUGCAAGAGAACGAGCCGAGCUAGAGAAGCAAAUGGAGACGAGACUGAUCCACUCGCUGAACACGCUCAGUCAACAAACCAGUGUGCCGCGGGGCAUCGUGUUGCCGCUGUACGACAAGAUCACGACGCUCGGUGUUUCGUUAAUUCUGCAGCUGCGCUCACUGGGUGUGGAUCUGCCGAUUGAGGUCCCGCAUUGUGGUGACUUCGACGAGGCUUACGGAGAAGCGAUCAUGAAGAAGCGAGCACAGUUGGGUGAAGUCUACGUGUACAACGCAUGCAAGAUCGCUGCGACUGCCAAGAGUUUGCUGGACCCUUCGAAGCAGCUGUUCUGCAAGGAUCUGGACAAUUGCCAUCGUCGCUUCCGGAACUUCGCUAUUAAAGUGUUAGGCGUCGUGUACUCGCGCUUCGAGGAGAUCAUGCUGAUGGAUGCGGACGCAUUGCUGUUCCAAUCGCCAAUGGCAUUGUGGGAGACGAACAAGUACCAAACGACAGGCACGUUGUUCUUUAACGACCGAAUUGCCGAAGCGAACUUCUCUAUGGGUCUCGGCUACAAGCCAGCAAAGCGGCCGAACAUUAUGGCUAUCGAGGACUAUUUAUCCAAAGCUGAUGUGGAUCUCUUUCGUAACAUUCCCACCAUCCCACGACCCAACGCGUCGGCGAAGCUUAUUGCUGCAGAUGAAUCGACUGUGACGCUGCACUUCCAGCCGAGCGAGGGCCUGCUCAAGAGCCAUCCGUGGAAAGGUCGUAGCGCACACAGAGUGGAUUCCUCUGUCCUGCUAUGGAACAAGAAGCGACAGCCACGUGCUACAGCCAUUUUAGCGUCGAUAAUAUCACUCAACGACGUCCCAAGACCCCCGUCUUACGGCGACAAGGAGUUUUUCUUUGUGGCGUGUGAACUGGCAGAGACUCAGUACGCUUUCUCGGACUUCGCCACGGGUUCUGCAGGCUCGGACUUCCGCGACAAGGGCGAGAACAAGUCGAUUAUCUGUGGCAGUGCAGCGCAUCACUUCCCGGAGAAAGCCGAGAGCACCCCUAUCCAAGAAGUGAGUUUGAUGUACAUGAACACCGACUAUAUCAUGCGGUACAAGCCCAAGAAGUCGCCCAUGUAUUACGCUGCUGCUCGGCCGCGCGAUGUCUUCCCCGGGACGUUCGAAGAGCGCAAGUUGCUGAUGAUGUGUCCAUUCGAUAUUACUGGCGUCAAGUUCUCGGACGUGGAGGUUCAACAGAUCUACCAGCGCCAACAGUUUUUUGGCAUUGCGAAGGACUGGGAGGACGAUUUCAAGGAACCUGCUGGAGCUGAACGGGAGGCAGCAGAGACGUUAACCAACGAGAAGCUCGAGGUGCUCUUGGAUCGGAGAAAAAACGGGCCUCCGUUUGAAGACGCCACUGAUCCGCCGAAAGACCCAGAUAAAGACGCACAAGAGAAGAAGGUGGUAGCGCUGCAAGCGAAGGCAGAUACGCUGCGAGAUCAGGAGAAGCAGCUUGUCGACACACUCAACCAAAUCGCACAACAGACGACGGUAAAGCGCGGUAUCGUGAUCCCUGUGUACGAUGGCAUCAUCAAGUUGGCUAUCUCGCUGGUCCUGGAGCUGCGUACUAUUGGUAUUAACGAGCCUAUCGAGAUGCCGCAUUGUGGCGAUCUGGAUGAAGACGCUCAGAAACUGUACCAGACCAAGAAACAACUGGGUACAGUCUGGUUCUACAACGUCUGCGCCAAGGCAGAGCGAGCGACGAGUGUCAUGGACUCGUCUCGCAAGGUUUUCUGCGAGAAGAUUGAGGACUGCCACGCCAAGUUCCGCGGCUUCAUCAUUAAGCCACUCGCUGUGACGUUCUCCCGAUUCGAGGAGAUCAUGAUGAUCGAUGCUGACACGACGUUCUUCGUGAGUCCUGCGAAGCUGUGGGAGGCGGACAAGUACAACAAGACGGGCAACUUCUUGAUGCACGAUCGGAUCAGUCACGAGAUUUAUUUCAUGGCGGAGCGCGUUCCUGGGAAGCCUGACGUGUCGGUGGAGCAGAACUACUUUGCAACGUUCGACGUCACGCCGUUCCGCUCGCUGGCUACGCUUGAGCGUCCCAAGGCGACAGUCGAGAACCGAACGCCUGUGACGCUGCACUUUGAGCCCAGCGACUUUCUACUGAGUAGUCACUCGUUCAAUCUGCGUGCAGGCCAUCAAGUGGACUCGUCGCUGGUGCUGUGGAACAAGAAGCGACAGCCGCGAGCGACUGCGAUCCUGGCAUCUUUCAUCGCGCUUAACGACAUCCCCGCACCUCCGUCGUAUGGGGACAAGGAGUUCUUCUUUUACGCUAGCGAACUGGCGGAGACGCAGUAUUCCUUCUCAGAUCACGCGAUUGGUGGGGUGGGUACGAAGCUGAUUGACGGCGGUCCCAAGAACUCGACGUUGUGUGGCGACAUGGCUCAGGUGUUCCCGAUCCAUCAGGACGGCGUGCCGGACGACGACGUGCCGCUGUUUUACUUCAAUAGUGACCGGAUCUUGUGGUUCCGACCCAAGACGGAGCCUGUGUAUUAUAUGAAGGCGCGGCCGUGGGCGUUCUACCCUGGUCCGUUCGGAGAGCGCAAGCAGGAGUGUCCGUUCGGAAUCACAGUCGGCCAGUUGUCUGCAGAGGAGGAAAGACACUUAGCCGGACGUCAACAUAUCUACGAAGUGGUGGACGCUUGGCAUCGGGUGGGCAAAGAGAAACCGGCCAACUUGGACGAGCAGAACGUCGCCAUUGACGGCGUUCUACGCAAGGUGGUCGCCGAGAUGCAAGGCGCAAGUCCCGCUGAUGUGGCGCCGAGUCCGCCUCAAGAGAGCAAGCAGAGCGACCAGCUAGAAAGGACGACGCAGAUGAUGGAGAGGCAACUCGUGUACACGCUGAGCCAGAUUACGCAGCGUACGACGACCAAGCGAGGUAUCGUGAUGCCCCUGUACGAGCCUAUUGCGCGUCUCGGCUUGUCACUGAUCCUCGAGCUACGUGCUAUGGGGAUUACGUUGCCUAUCGAGGUGCCACACUGCACCGACCUCAAGCCGGAGACGGUGGAGCUGAUCCGCUCCAAGAAAGAACUGGGCGAGAUCCGCGCCUACGACGUCUGCGAGCUGGCUGCAAGUGCCAAAAGCGUCACGAACGCGUCGCGUCCAGUGUUCUGCGACGACAUCGACGGCUGUCGCGCCAAGUUCCGGUCGUUUAUGAUCAAGCCACUCGCCGUGAGCUACUCGCAGUUCGAGGAGAUCCUUAUGCUGGACGCCGACACGACGUUCUUUGUGAAUCCCACCGUCUUGUUCGACUCGGACAAGUUCAAGACCACGGGCAACCUGUUGAUGCACGAUCGGAUCAGUCACGACUGGUGGUUCAUGGCCGAACGAGCGUCGAAGAAGCCGGACAUCUCCGUGGAGCAGAAAUACUUUGCCAGCUUCAACGUGACUCCGUUCAGACCGCUGCCCACACUGGAACGACCCAAGGCCACAGUCGAGAACAAGACGCCCGUCAAAUUGAGCUUUCGUCCGAGCGAUUUCCUGCUCAGCAGCCACUCGUUCAACCUCCGUUCAGGACACCAAGUGGACUCGUCUCUCGUCAUGUGGAACAAGAAGCGUCAUCCUCGAGCGACAGCCAUCUUGGCCUCGUUUGUGGCGCAGAACGACAUCGCGUCGCCUCCGUCGUAUGGCGACAAGGAAUUGUUCUUCUACGCGAGUGAACUGGCCGAGACGCAGUAUUCUUUCUCGGACCACGCUAUCGGAGCUGUAGGCACCAAGGUCGAAGACGGCGGUCCCAAGAACUCGACGUUGUGUGGAGACAUGGCUCAGGUGUUCCCGAUCCAUCAGGACGGCGUGCCAGACGACGACGUUCCCUUGUUCUACCUCAACAGCGACCGCAUUCUCCACUUCAAACCGGACGUGGAGCCUGUGUAUUAUAUGAAGGCGCGGCCGUGGGCUCACUACCCUGGAGCUUUCGGCCAGCGACCACAGGAAUGUCCGUUCGACAUCACAGUCGGGAGGUUCGAGGAGUCCCACAUCAAGCACCUGGCAGAACGACGGAAGCUCUGGGAACAGGUCAAAGCCUGGUAA